AUGAAUCAAGUUUUUCCCAGAGCCGAGGAUCUCAACUCCGAGGAGAUCGAUUAUGAGCUCGCGAUUCGACAACAACCAGAAGAAGUUUUUAAGCUUGAUUUGUCUGGAAGGCAAAGAACAUUGAGACGUUUAUUUAAGGAAGAUCAGAAAGAUGGACGCAACUAUCGUUCGCCUUAUUCCAUUAGCGAGGAAGCGGCACACGUUGAAGGUAGAAUUGAAAAUUUAACAAAAGCAUUGGAAAAGAGAGUUGAAAUUAAACUAGAAUCUCGAGUGAUCCACUACUGGUAUCGGGUUAAACGGGCGGUAGCUAGGAACGACGAAGAGAAGAAGUUGCGAAGAGAUUUGAGUAAUGAUGAUGAAGCGAGUGGUCAAACUAUGGGUGGAGCAGUAGGAGGACCAGGUGUAUCAGAGGACUAUUCUCAUUUUCUCGAUAAUCCUCGCAAAUCGAUCGAUUAUUCUAAGGGUGCCAUUCAUAAAGAAACCGUGCAGACUAAGCAGGGGACAAGGCAGACACCGGAUUCAGAGUUUGUGGUCUCGCGUCAAGAAUGGGAUGAAAUGAAAGCCAUGAUGCAGUGUUUGAUGAGUAAGUUUUCCGGGGAUGGUCAGGUCAAUCAGGUUACGCUUCCGAACGAGGAACACCGGAGGCAAACAGGAAUAUACGAUAAACGACAAGAACUGCCGAGACAGAGAGAAUCACGAAACAGCUAUCGACAAAGGGAAAUUCAGCCACACCAGGAUUCUUUAAGCCUUAGUGAGGACGGACACCAAUACAGAAGACAUCAACCUCCAAGAGACAGCUCGCAAUCAAGCGAUGACGAGUGCUACAGGGACGACAUCCCACAACUCCGAAGUUGGCCAAGGGUACAUCAUGGCGAGCAACGUCAUCGGCCACCAGUAAACCACAACCGAGUCGAGAAGUGGAAGCUCCGAUUUACGGGGGAACCUAGGGGCAUGCCGAUCGAAAACUUCCUGUACAAGGCGAAGAAGUUAGCCGAACGAGAAGGUGUGUCGAGAGACAUUUUGCUUCGCGACAUCCACAUGCUUCUCGAAGGCGCAGCUUCCGACUGGUUCUUUACCUUCGUGGAUGAACUGGUCACUUGGGACGUCUUCGAAUCUAACAUCGUCUACCGAUUUGGAAAUCCGAACAAGGAUCAAGGGAUCCGUUCAAGAAUUCACGAACGCAAGCAGCAGAGAGGCGAAUCUUUUAUAGCGUUCGUAACGGAAAUAGAGAAGCUUAAUAAAAUGCUGUCUCGUCCGUUGUCUACACGGAGGAAAUUCGAAAUAGUGUGGGACAAUAUGCGGCAGCAUUAUCGCUCCAAAAUUUCGAUUGUAGAGGUGAAGGACCUACAGCAGCUGACAAGACUGAACUACAGGAUCGACGCAGCUGACCCGCAGUUGCAGUAUCAAGCCAACGACAACCACGUCCGGCGGCCAAUCAACCAGAUUGAUGCGGAAGAAAGCGACUAUGACAGCGACCAUUCAGCACCGAUUAACGCGAUUAGGGGGCGCAACGAUACAGGAGAGCGUCAGAGGCAAACCAACUGCCACGAGAGACGCGGCCAACAGCAUAACGAACAAGAACGACAAGCAGAAGUGUACCAUAUUAAGAUUCGCGUCGGCAAGUGUCCCCAUAUUAGAGUAAAGAUUUUCGAUACAGACUGGGAAGCGCUGUUGGACUCUGGAGCAGGGAUAAGUGUCCUCAACUCAAGAGAAGUAGUCGACAGAUACGGACUGAAACUUCAACCAGCGUCGAUCAGAGUUUCAACCGCAGAUGGUUCCAAUUACAGGUGUCUUGGAUAUGUUAAUAUUCCAUUCACGUUCAAAAACAUGACCAAAGUGAUUCCUACAAUCGUUGUUCCGGAAAUCUCGCGACAGCUGAUACUCGGAGCAGAUUUCUGGGAAGCUUUCGGCAUACGACCGAUGAUCGACCUUGGAAAUGGUCCGGAAACCCUCGAAAUCACCGCUCCGAGCGAUAGUGAAGCCAUCUGCUAUACGAUAGAACCAUCAAACCAACUACCGACGAUAGAACAUGAAGAAAGCGAUGAGACCCUGGACAUUCCAGUCUACGAAGGACCGACGGAAACAGCAGCCGAUCCGGAGAAUAUCGAGACGGAGCAUGCAUUAACAGAUGGACAACGAGCGCAGCUGAUCGACGUGAUAAAAAAGUUUGAGCUGACGUCAGAAGGCAAACUCGGGAGGACACAUCUAAUCGAACACGAGAUUGUCUUGAAGGAUGGAGUGAAACCUCGAAACCCUCCAAUGUACAAGUGUUCACCCUACAUACAAGAGGCAAUAAAUGCGGAGGUAGAACGCUUCAAACAGCUUGACGCCAUCGAGGAGUGCUAUAGCGAGUGGACGAAUCCACUCGUUCCUGUCCGCAAGAAAAACGGGAAAGUACGGGUGUGUUUGGAUUCUAGAAAGAUCAACAAACUGACAGUAAAAGACUCUUACCCAAUGCGGAAUAUGCAAGACAUAUUCCGACGAUUGGGUAAAGCCAAAUACUUCACAGUGAUCGAUCUAAAAGACGCCUACUUUCAGAUCCCUCUGAAAGAAGGUAGUCGAAACUAUACUGCAUUCCGUACUGCGAAAGGUGUGUUCCGGUUCAAAGUGCUUCCGUUCGGGGUGAUGAACGCACCUUUUACGAUGUCACGUCUAAUGGACAAAGCGCUCGGAUUCGACCUUGAACCGUUCGUUUUCGUCUAUUUAGACGACAUUGUCAUCGCUUCCGAGACGUUCGAAGAACAUCUUCGGCUUUUACAAAUAGUGGCAGAAAGACUAAACGGAGCAGGACUGACGAUUUCCGUAGAGAAAUCCCGUUUUUGUCGGAAGCAGGUCAUGUACCUUGGGUACCUUUUGAACAAGGACGGGCUGGCGGUAGACGUAUCUCGAAUCCAGCCAAUAUUGGACUAUGCACGGCCGCGGAAUCAGGAAGACAUUCGUCGUCUUAUGGGUCUGGCUGGAUUCUAUCAGCGGUUCAUCAAGGACUACAGCCGGAUCACAGCCCCAAUCACGGACCUGUUGACCAAGGAGAACAAGAAGGUAGUAUGGACCAAAGAAGCAGAAAAUGGGUUUAACGAAUUGAAAUCGGUGCUGACCUCAGCACCCAUUUUAGGCAAUCCUGAUUUUACUAAAACCUUUACCAUCGAAUCAGACGCAUCCGAUCGCGCAGUGGGAGCAGCUCUGGUCCAAGAGCAGGGUGGUGAAACCAGAGUAAUCAGCUAUUUCAGCAAGAAACUGAAUCGGACGCAACGACGAUACUCGGCAGUGGAAAAAGAGUGCUUGGGAGUACUGUCCGCCAUUCACCACUUCCGGCACUACGUCGAGGGAACCAAGUUCCGCGUCAUUACGGACGCUCGCAGCCUGCUGUGGCUGUUUAACGUGGGAGCAGAGACGGGAAACGCGAAGCUGUUGAGGUGGGCACUCCGGAUACAGGCGUACGACUUCGACUUGCUGUAUCGGAAAGGGAAGGCGAACAUCACCGCCGAUUGCCUGUCUCGAGCAGUACAAAUUGACGUCAUCGCGGCCUCACAACCGGACGCUGAAUAUGAAGAUUUGAUGGAGGAGAUUCGGAACAACCCGAUAAAGCACAAAGACUACCGAAUCGUAGAUGGCGUGGUUUAUCGGUUCGUAAAGGUAAAAGAUCGGAUGAGUGACCCUAGGUUCGAGUGGAAGCAGCUCCCUACCGAAACGCAGAAGAAGGAUGUCAUUCAAAGGGAGCACGAUAAGGCCCAUUUCGGAUACGAAAAGACGUUAGCCGCGAUCAAGCAACGAGAAUGCUUAACUUGUCAGGUGAGCAAAUCUGGCAAUGUGAACGUAACGCCACCGAUGGGAGCACAGAAGCCAGUGGAGUACCCGUGGCAGUUUGUAACCCUGGAUUACGUUGGGCCGCUGCCACCCUCGGGGAAGAAUAGAAGCACAUGUCUCUUGGUGGCCACUGACGUUUUCAGUAAGUUCGUUCUCAUCCAGCCAUUCCGUGAAGCAAAGGCUAACUCGCUUGCUGAAUUCGUGGAAAAUAUGAUUUUCCGACUCUUUGGCGUUCCUGAAAUCAUUCUUACGGAUAAUGGUUCUCAAUUUGUUUCGAAGCGAUUCAAAGACCUACUGGAAGCAUACCACGUAAAUCACUGGUUAACGCCGGCCUACCAUCCUCAGGUAAACAAUACGGAACGAGUGAACAGGGUCAUCACUACGGCUAUCCGUGCGACGCUGAAGAAGGACCACAAACACUGGGCAGACGACAUCCAGUCCAUUGCUAACGCUAUUAGGAAUGCUGUCCACGAUUCGACGAAAUACAGCCCCUAUUUCACUGUUUUUGGACGAAAUCAGGUUUCCGAUGGCAUGGAAUAUAGUAGGAUGCGUGACAAUUAUAAUUCGAAAGAUGACGAUAGGCGAAAGAAGUUGUUCGAGGAAAUUAGAACCAAUCUGUCAGCGGCGUAUAAGAGGCACGCCAAAGCGUACAACUUGCGCUCAAAUCCAAGCUGCCCUGCGUAUAGGGAAGGAGAAAGGGUCCUGAAGCAGACGUUUGAGCUCUCAGACAAGGGCAAAGGGUUCUGCAAAAAGCUAGCCCCAAAAUAUGAGCCUGCUGUGGUUAGGAAGGUUUUGGGUACAAAUACGUACGAACUUGAGGACGAUUCCGGUAAAAGAAUCGGAGUUUACUUCGCCAAUCGACUCAAGAAGUUGCAUUCCCCUCCGUGUGUUCCAUAA